GUACAUAUUUUGCUAUCUACCCCUCUCUGCACCACUGUCAUUCAAUAAGAAACAAAGAAAUAUAUAUAUAGUCAGAAAUACGUCUUCUAUAUUUCCUACAUCCUUUGAAUCAGUCCCUUCCAUAACAAGCUGCUCCAUCCAACCACCCUAUUUAUAGUCUCAUCAAACCCCCAAAUUCAAUUCCUUUCUCAACUACCCCCACCCCAUCUCUUUCCUCCAUUUAACGCCUCCGUUUCGCACUCUCACUCACUCUGCCUCUCGCUCGCGCAUUUUAACGAUGAUAAAAAAGUGGAAUUGCUUUCGUAAAAAGUCUAAGAAAUCGACGGCCGAGAUUGUCCCCCAUGACGUCAUCCUCAACAACGGCAUCACCACCACCACCACCGGUACUACCGCCUGUACCGCCGCCGCCGCUGUCGUCUCCACCAAAUCUUCGACCGUCCGAUUAUACGGCUCACCGACCAGCGUCCCCGCCGCCUACAUCCGAUUCGCCCUCCUCCACAAGGGCGUCUCGGUCCGGUUCGUCCCCUCCGACACGCCGAAUUUCGGGUCCGACGCGCCGGUUCUCCAAAUCGGGUCCGAGACCGUGUCGGGCUCACUCGAAACGGUUCUGCGUUACAUUGACGCGCGGUUUCCGCACCCGCCUCUGGGGGUGAGGAGCUGCGACGAGGAGGACGAGGAGGAGGAGGAAACGACGCCGUUGGUGGUGAGGGCGAUUGCGCUGCAGCACAAGAGCAUGACGUGGCACGUGGAGAGGCUGGUGAGGUGGGUGGAGGAUCUGGCGACGCGUGGAGGGAAGGGGAGUGUGGAUCCGACGGUGGGGAGCCCGCGCAUGGAGAUGAAGAAGCUCGCGAGGAGCUACUCGGAGCUGCUGGAAGUGUUGUUGGAGCACGCUCAGAUGGAGGAGAGAGUCGUGUUUCCGAUCUUGGAGAAGGCUGAUCGAGGAAUAUGUAAAGCUGCAAACGAGGAACAUGCAAGGGACCUACCCAUCAUGAAUGGUAUCAAAGAAGGCAUUAAAUCUAUUGGAGUUAUGGACUCAGGGAGCCCUGACUACCAAGAGGCUCUCUCCAACCUUUCCACUAGGCUUAAAUCAUUGCAGGAGAAUUCUAAACAGCACUUCAUGGAGGAGGACAAAGAUUUACUACCUUUCAUGGAGGCAGUGGAGCUCAACAAGGAGCAGCAGAAGAGGGUAUUGGAGCAGUGUUUGGAUGUCAUGCAAGGGACUCACUCACAUUUGUUUAAUUUUCUUCUUGAAGGUCUCCUCCCUUGCGAAGCAAUGCAAUACUUGGACUUGUUCAUUAGCUGCAAUGACAGAGAACAAACAGCCUCCACGCUAAAAUUGAUAAUUGAUUAAGAUCCAAUUUUUGUCUUUGAUAAUAUAUAUAUAUAUAUAUAUAUAUAUAUAUGCAGGAAUAAGACACUGGAUAUAUCAUGUUCAUAGAAAGUAGAAAUAAUGAGCGUUAUCUUUUUUCAUUUCUUACAUAGUUGAAAGAAAUGGUAUAGUUUUGUGAUGUUGGCAUGGCCUGUGGGCUGUGGGCAUACUAUGUAGAGUCUGGUAUUGUAGUUUAGAAGGAUUUUGGGUGGUUGGAAUUGCUGUGGUGUUGAUCGGGAGAGGGAUGUGAUGAUGUUGAAUUGAUGUUACAUAACCUGGUCAUUAUGCUCUCAAGGAAUACGUAUUGAAAAUGAGCUUGUACAGAAGUUGAAUUAAAUUUAGAUAGAAUGGUACCUUUUGAAGUUGAUGGGGGAUAAAUAAAAGGUGGAAGUGAUUUCAUGAU